GGCCGAAGGCAGAAAGGGGGAUGAGCAAACGGAUGUCACAGCAUAUUUUGCAAGAAACUGGUAUCCUUGUGCCUAUCGGCUCAGGAACGAUUGAUUACUACUAGAUAGAAUUAAUAUCAGGGUCAGAAUUUGAGUGCUACAAUGGGAGGGAAGGAAGAAAAAGAAUCCGCCGCGCACACCUGUUAAGUCUUUUAUAAACUUUCUCGUCCUGACGGUUUCAAAGAAGGUUGUUGUGGCUGCUAUUUAAUUUACAGUGUCUGUUGCAGGUGUCGAAUUAAUCUUACAGCAACUGGAAACGUGGCCACGCCUGCUGAAACUGAGAUUGCUUGUAGGAUGAACAACUAUAGUUUGGUAUAUUCACGAGCGCGUUUUGUCUAGUUAACUGAGUGCGUAGUUUUUCUUAACGAAGGGAUGGGCUGGGUCAAGUGAGUAGUUCGGGGAAAGUUUGCUCUCUUUAGGGGGGGGGGGUAUAUAUUUGUUGAUAGCAGGAGUUCUGGCCUAGAUAGAGUUGUUGUAAAGCUAUUUUUGCUUCGGAGUAUCGGGUUACCGGAAGCUGAGCAAGGAAAAGUUAAUGGUGCAUUUAUGGAAUAAUAAUAGAGAUUCUCAUGGUCUUACAGUGCGAAGAUUAGACUUCUGGUAAAGUGGCAACGAUCAAGGCCCGCAUUAUAAUUCAUGAUAAUUGAAGGUCAUGAUGUGGAAAAAGCGACUGAAAUGGUGGAUUGCAUGGCAUCCACCAUUUCAGUCGCUUUUUUCGGGUGGGGGCUGCGUACCUGGGCUUAACGGUUGCCCCUGCGACAGAAGGCAAGCAUGCCCAGAUUGUCCACGGGUUGCUAAAUGAGACCGUCCCUUUCUUAGUACCCAUUCCCUGUCUUAUAAUUAGACCCGGGCAAAUUUCUCGAGAUUGCACCAUCAUUUUGGGCUUAAAGCUUCCAAAGUCCAACAAUAAUAGCGCAUGUUCGCGACAGUUUUUUAAGUCAGUCAAGUUCUUAAACCAGGCCUUAAACGGCCAGUUUUAAGUGUCGAUACAGUUAAAAAAGGCAUACAAGCCUCAUGCAAAAGACAGUGGGAAGGAAGUGCACAUCGGUGAUGGGGAAAAAGGAGUAGCCCACAGUUAUUUAGGGGUGGAUCUUUCGAGACAUUCUUAUACUCUUGGACAGAUAUGCAUUGUUUAAAGUUUUAGACAAACCAGGUGUAAAUUUAUAGUAACAAACUGUUAAAUAUACAUAAGCAAGAUUUUUGCGAAUCCUAUUUUUCGCUGGAGACUAUCGUUUACUGGCUGGUCACGCAAUCAAAGGUAACGUACUUUCCCACGUUUGUUUACUCACCUUUCGCUCAGCAAUACACUGCGUUCCACAAAGGACCCAAAUUGCGCUAGAAAUGUUUUGCUAUUCGGCCCACUUUUUAUCUCAGGUAAGGCACUGCAAAGCUGAUUCACUUACGAAGAUUCGAGGGAGAAUUAUUUCUUGAUUUUAUUCUGAUUUAAUUCUACCGCUACAACUCAAUUUGAACUUCUCAAGCUUUCAGGGGACAUCAGUAGUAACCCAGGACCAGAGAAAGGGGACGCUUCUAAUCACUCGAAAUCUAUUUGCGGUGGUUGUUCAAAGACCCUUCGAAGAAACCAAGAUGGCGUCCGUUGUGCGGGUUUGUGUGGAAAGACGUUUCAUGUGAAGUGUUCUGGUGCGAGCUUUAAGGAAUUACGUACUCGUGAUGUACAGGCUUGGUACUGUAGUAAAUGUUCUCUACCCCCACUAAGCGACAGCUUUUUCGAAGAUUCAGACACCGAAGGAGAUAUUGAUCAAGUCCAAGUCGAAGGUGGAACGGAGGCUGAAAAUGAAAUAUGGGCCGACUUUGAUCAGAAGGCUAAUAAUCAUCGAUCAAAUCUCAAACUAGGACACAUCAACGCGAACAGUAUUGGCGGUUUCAAAUUCAAUGAGAUUAAGACUUGGCUACAAUCUGGUAGGCUGGAUGUUUUGAUAAUAUCCGAAACUAAAAUAGAUGCUACUUUCCCUAACUCUAUGUUUCACGUUGAAGGUUUUCGUUUGAGUCGUCGUGACAGAAAGGCUGGAGGAGGUGGAUUGAUGGUGUUCGUAAGGAGUGAUAUCUGCUUUAUUAGAGUUAAAGAGCUCAAAGGGCUCUCUUCUGAUACAUGGUCAACCUUUAAAACGGAGUCGAUUGUUUUGAAAGUCAAACUACCGAGGACUUGGAUUACUGUUGUGGGCAUUUACCGACCUCCCUCGAUUGUGAGAUCUCAGUGGACGCGUGAACUCUCUGUUCUCUUCGAAGCAGUUUCCUCGCUCACAAACACGGUUUUCCUAGCAGGAGACUUAAACGCGGACCUUCUUGCUCCUGAUAAACAACACAGAGACGGUCGGGCUCUACUAGAUCUGCUAGAUAUUUUUAAUCUUGAUUGUUUGAUUACGGAACCAACUCGCACAACAAAAACAACUGAAACACUGCUGGACCUAAUCCUGACGAAUGACAAGAAAAAGGUCUUAACAUCAGGCGUGGUAGACACGCAACUUAGUGAUCAUUCGUUAGUUUAUACUAUCCUGCGAUCAUCAGCACCAAGGACUCGAUCUCGCAAGAUUUGUUUUCGUAGUCUGAAAAACUUCAGUCGAGAGAACUUUGUGCAUGAUAUGCAAAUUGUGCCUUUCCACAUAAUUGAUUUGUUUGAUGAACUUGAUGAUAAGCUUUAUGCUUUUGAGCAAUUGUUUCUAAGUGUUCUCAAUGAACACGCACCUAUCAAGCAAACAAUGAUACGUGGUAAUCAGGUGCCUUAUAUGACGGAACAAUGGAGGAGGGCGAUCAGGCAUCGCAACAAACUGUGGAAAAAAUUCACGCGCAAUCGUACUGAUGCAAAUUACGAGGCAUACAAAACUCAACGUAAUACCUGCACCUCUCUUAGGCGAAAAGCAAUAAAACAACACUUCGCGAGGAAAACAGCAGACACCGAACACCCGCUCGAAUUCUGGUCUACUUUCCGCCCCUUUUUGCAUACUAAAAGUAAGCAAGCCAAUGACAUUAUCUUGAAAGAAAAUGACAGGAUUAUUAGUGACAAAAAGGAGAUUGCCAAUCUGCUUAAUGACUACUUUGUUCACAUUGCUGACAGCAUGCCUGAAAUACGAGCAGAGGAUUACGGUGAGGAUUAUGCAAAUCAUCCCAGCAUCAAAGCAAUCCAUGAACACAGGGGCUCUAGUGCUCCAGCUUGCUUCAGUUUUCAUCGCGCAAGUGAAACCCAGGUUGAGCUAUUACUAAAAGAGAUCAAUGUACGUAAGUCACCUGGUCACGAUAUGAUCCCACCAAAGUUGAUUAAAGAAGCGGCAGCUGUUAUUGCGCGGCCUAUAACAAGUAUAAUAAACUGUUGCAUUGAACAUUGCUGUUAUCCUGCUAGCUGGAAGAUGGGCAUGGUUACUCCUCUGUACAAAAAAGACGACGAGUUUUGUAAGAUCAACUAUAGGCCCGUAACUGUGCUCCCUGCUCUAAACAAUAUUUUUGAAAGGCUUCUAUCGGGGCAGAUGUAUGAAUUUUACAAUGGGGUCUUAUCAGACUUCAUAAGCGCUUAUAGAAAGUUUUAUAGUUGCGAGACCUCUUUGCUAAGGUUGACCGAGGACUGGAGAAUGAUGCGUGACAGGGGGGAGCUUGUUGCGGUAGUUUCUAUGGAUCUCUCCAAAGCGUUUGAUGUUAUUCAGUAUCCACUCCUCCUUUCGAAACUGAGGGCCUAUGGUAUGGACGACAAAAGUUGUGCCCUAAUUAGGAACUAUCUCUCUGGCAGAACUCAGAGAGUUAAAGUUGGAGACACCUUUUCGACCUGGGAAAGCGUCAAGCGUGGGGUCCCGCAGGGGAGUGUGUUAGGUCCCAUGCUAUUCAACAUUUUCAUAAACGAUCUUUUCUUCCACGUCAAGAAGGCCAAGUUGAACGCUUAUGCGGAUGAUCAUCAGGUAUACUACUCCCACGUCGAUCCGGCAGCUCUGGAUGCAUGCGUAUCUCAUGAUGUUGGCGUGGCCAAUCAGUGGUACCAUGAAAAUGGGAUGUUAGUUAAUGAAAGCAAGCACCAGUGUCUAAUCCUCGGUGAUACGGAGUAUGGUUUUUCCUUCCCAGUAAAGGACACGUUAGAGAUUUUUGGAAUGGAAAUAGAUAAUAAUCUGAGUUUUUCUAAACAUAUAUCAAAUGUAUGCAAAAAGAUUAAUAAUCAAUUUAAUGUUAUGUUGCGCUUUAGAAAACUCAUACGCAAGGAAAUCUUAUUCAAACUUUACAAAGCGUAUAUUUUACCUCACUUUUAUUAUUGCUCCUCUGUCUGGCACUUUUGUGGAGCGCGCGAUGCAGAUAAGCUCGAAGCUUUAAAUAAAAGAAUACUUAGAUUUAUACUUGGAGAUUACUCGUCUCCAUACAACACUCUUCUCUCAAAAGUCAGCUCUACUUCUUUGUUUAACAAACGCAUUCAAAAUUUCCUCAUUCUGUUAUAUAAGAGUUUGUUUUUCACUCAUUUUCCUACUUAUAUGAAGAAUAUGUUUUCACUCCGGUCCUCUUCCUAUGAUCUUCGUGGCAACUACAUUCUUUCACUAAGUAAACCUAAAACAACUACCUAUGGUCUUAACUCCUUUUCUUACUUUUCAGCUAAGCAGUGGAAUGCACUGCCGGACUUUUUUCGUACAAGUUUUUUUGCAGACUUUAAGACUAAAAUACAGGAUGUUACCUUCAUGUAGAUUCUUUUUGCCUGACAUACUUAAACUUAAAAUUGUGAAUUGUAAAUGAUAUUUUCUUUCCUUGCAUUUAAUGUAUAUAUAUUUUCUAUAUAGUUUUUAUGUAGUGUCAGCUCGAAGAUAUUAGCUUGUUAGCUACUCUAGAAUUCGAGUUUAAAUAAAGUUUUAUGUUAUGUUAUGUUAUUUCGCAGUCACGGGAAAACUGACCUAGACUCAGGUCCACUCGCAGACGCCAUGCUGCAAUCUACAAGAUCUCAAGAACAGAAAUUACCCAUUGAACGGCCUCUCCUUUUGAAGAUUGCGUGUAUUUCAUUAAAACAGGUACAUAUUAAAAGAAUCUUGUUAGUUUCUCCCUUUUAACGAGCUCAAAUCGAUGCAUAAAACUAAGGUGACGUGCACGUGUGAAUUGAUCCUGGGGUCAAUUAGCGGUUGUUUGGGGCAAAAUAACCUCAAAAUAAUCAAUCUAUUUUACAAGCGUUCGCAAGAACACCAGACUAACUCUCUGAUAAUGUUGAAGUACUAUAUCUCAUUGGGUAGUAAGCGGGAUUUAGGGUGAUUUGGAGAAUUCCCCCAUAUAGAAAAUUCGAUUUUGGUUUUAGCGGUAAAUUGUUGUAUUUAUAAGCAUUAUGCAGAUUACGUUUCAAAAUUCUGCUCUUUCGUCGAUAUUUUAUACUCUAAAUCUAAGAAAUGUGCCGUUCAGAAAUUGUUAGAUAUCUGCUUUUUGAGAUUUAAGUGGAAGAUUGCCAAUAUAUUCGCUCGUUUAUGAAAGUCAGCUCAUCUCUGUCGCUAGGCUAUAUUGCCGUGUUCGGCGGCUAAUUUUAGGCCCGCAGACCGUUGAAAUCGAAAAUCUCAAAUAAUUCCCAAACUCGGCCGCAUUUUGAAAUUUAAACCUCAGCAGUGUUAUAAACUCAUUAAAACCUUAUUACAGACUGAAAAUGAGGGUAAGUUAGGUUUUGAGCUGUGGCCACGAUUUGUCGAUUUUGCUCGAUUUUUCUGUGCAUUCGCUCUUAAAUAGUUUAA